CUGUUUUUGACAACAACCUCCGUUUCACAUUUCACAAUAUGACAUAACAAACAAAUCUAUCGAGAGAAAAAAUAAAUUAUAGAAUGAAUUGUUAGUUUUAUGUAGUGUACAAUGUUUUCCCUGCGUUGUCAUCAGCUCCUUCGAUCGCUGUACCAUGCACAGCCAACCUUGACGCCAAAAGAAGUCUUUCCCAAUCCCGUUUGUCCACAUAACAAUCCAAGAGCCAUAUCAACAACUGCAAUUCUGCUUGCCGAUUAUUAUGAUGCACUUGGUAUAGCUCCUAAAUCAACGCAAAAUGAAAUCAAAGCUGCUUAUUAUAAGCUUUCCAUGAUUUAUCAUCCCGAUAAGAAUCAAGGAAGUGAAUCGGCUGCAAAAAAGUUCCGAGAAAUCACUCAGGCAUACGAAGUGCUAAGUAACUAUCGUUUAAGGAGGCUUUAUGAUAAAGGAAUAAUCCACACAGCAGGAUCCCAGUAUGCUCAAGCCGAUAAUAUUCGACCGGAUGUCGAAGACGUUGAAGAGGACGAUGCUCAAACGAAAUUCUACAAAUCACGAUUUACCAAAUCAAAGGUAGCUAACCCUCAGGGUCAAAAUCCUAUCUACGAUUUUGAUGAGUGGUCAAAAGCACACUACGGUAAGUCAAUUCAUCGCAAAAAAGCUGCUCAACAGCGUCAUGAUCGAAAAGAGGCUGAAAAAAAGGAUAACGUUGUUACUUUUCAAAAAGAAAUGGUCAUCUAUGCCCUUGUUAUAGGAACAAUUUUAGUUUUUAUUGUUGGAAACAUGGAAUCAUCGUACGACAGUCCCAGAAACAGGCGAAAUGAGAAAUAAACAACAAUUUCUAUUCGAUAGAAAGGUGCUAGCAAAUUUGUAUAGAAAUAGAUAAACUAUGUUAAAUAAAAAAUGGUUUUCAUGUGAGUUUGCAUGAAUCUUCAGAAUCUCCCACUCCUCUUA